AUGCCAGGACAGGCUGGGACAUCGCCGUCCUCGUCGCGGCGCAAUGCUGCCCCUGUGAGUCGCCCAAGGCCGCGGCAGGACGCUCCUCUACUAUACGACACCACCGUGCGCUCUUCGCAGGACUCGCGGCCGGUCAUGGUGCGCGUGCCGCUGCACACCCCGAGCCGUGGCGAGGCAGAGGGAGACGAUGCCGCGGACGACAGUAGCCACCUCCUGGCGACGCAGCUGCGCUAUCGCCCCCUCGCUGUGGAGGAGCAUGCCAGCAGCAGCAAAAUGAACACGAUGAGGCGGGUGGCAGAGGGUGGUGUGGGCCGUGGCGGCGCCCCACUUACGUCACCAGCGCCGCGCUCGCCGUGGCGGCCUCCGCCGGAAGAGAACAGCGCGCCUCUCGUACAGAGGCACAACAGAACAGCAACACCAACACAACCAGCUGGACUCCGGCGCAGUAGCAGCGCGCUGCUUGUCUCGCCGCGGCCGUCGCCACCACCAAGAGGGCGUAGACGAAUGAAAGACCAUGGAAGAGACUUAUCCAUAGCCACCCCACAGCCGUUUGUGGAGGUGGAUUUGCAGCAUAGUAACAGCAGCGGUGGCGGCAGCGGCGCUGAAUGUGUCGCUGUGGGAGAUGUUCUUCUUGCUGUUCCACCACGCUGCCGAGUGAUAAGCCCCCUACAGCACCUCCUUAUCUACGACAACGAUGCGCAGUAUCAGAUAGAGAAGGCGCCAGAAUAUCAUGGGGCUGCUGCUGUUCACAACCGGUGCGUGGCAGUUAGACUCUCAGGCGGUCGUGAUACCUCGUUGCACCCACCGACGGAAUGGCCGCAGAUGCCAUUAGCUGCUCCUGUGGCCGCUUUGCGGCCGGUUAGUGAUGCCGGCAGAAUGUCGCCGACGUCGCUGCAGUUCUCCCUGCCGCGCGAUGACGAGGAAAACGACUCUUCUACGAUGUCUACCUUGGCUUCGGAGUUACAGACUAGCAACCGUCCGCGGCACCUUGGAAGCAGGGCAUCCUCGACGAGGUACAGCGUCGUGAAAUCGUUGGUGCGAGGAAACGAGGGCUGGUCCUCUUCUGAAGAGGAAACCGCCGCUUCCACCAACACCCAUGAUGGAUGUGUGACAGCGCAACUGACACAACACGGCAGCUCCGCGUCCUCGCGAAAGGCAGUUCCAACAUCAAGCGGUGCGACGAUCGGGUCUCGUCGGCUGCGGACGUCUCACACGCCCCACACUGCCUCGAGUGAACCCCUUACGAGCGGCUCAUCUCGAUCACGCCCAUUGGUUCCUGCGAAGGAGGAGAUUAUGCGUGAGUUUCAUGAGCUGCAACUGCAGAAGGAGGCGCUAGUACUGAUGGAGUACGAAGAGAAGGAUCGACGUGGCAUCACUGACGCAUACCUGGACGCAAUGCGGGUUCUGCUUGUGGAACACACGUUUCGGCGGUCUAUACUUUUCGCGCGGGAUGAGGGGAUUCUUGCUUCACCUCCAAGGCGACGUAGUAAGAAAAACGCUUCUUCCGAGACGUCAGCUACAGCGAGAAUGUGUAAUAGCCAGAAUGCUGCCCCCAAGAAUACGAGACGCUCGCGUGCGCAUAAUUCUGCAGAGUCGAAUAUACUCUCUUCUACCCCUGAAAGGACGCCGCGUGCUGGUGGAGUGUCGGUAGACAGAGAAAAGGAAAAAGAAUUGUCUUUUUCACCUACCGUAGGUAAUGUCGCUCUGAGUGACCCGAAGCAGAGGCAACAGCAGCGUCUUCAAGGGACCUUUGUCAAACACAGUGACAUCAGGAGUGUCGGUGUGGGUGAUCCUUCGAAAGAUGUGAUCUCUUCUUAUAAAAAGGUCGACAAAGAUGUGGAUACUCUUCAACGCGUUAUGCAUCACCUUGAGACACGAAUUCUACGUUUGUUUUCCGACGAGCUUCGUCAUCGACAGCAUGUGGUGGAGGUGGAGGGCGCUGGAUUUCACUACUUGUUACGCUACCACCGCAUAGUGGAUGCGGCACUGCAGCCGGCAGCCAUUUACCUGCAUGAAGGGUGCCAGUGGCAGAGUAUCUUGACAGAGGCUACCAAUGGGCUUCACCGCUUGCAGUGUGUGCGUCUGGAGAUGGAGUUGGAGCAAGAACUACAAAGCGCUCGUAUUUUCGCUCAGCGUGUCGAGGCCCUAGUUAAAGAAGAGAACAGUACCCGUCGCAAUGGUUUGUUGCGACUAGAGACGGAGGAGCGCCAACAGUUAUCUCGACUCUUCCAUAUUGGCGUGGCUGCGUUACUGGAGCUCCAGACAUGCAAUCGUCGGCGACAUGAACGACAAGUGGAAAGCCAGAUUGAAGUUCUCCUACUCGAUGAAAUGAAGGGUCGCGAGACUAUUAAGAUUGAGGAUAUGCAAUGCCGCGGAGUGCUAUACCACCGGAGCGAAGCCGAGAGACCUGUCAACUCUUCACGCCACACAAACAGUCCUGCUAUUGUACAGGGAGGAAAAGGAACGACGUCCGGGGAUGUGGUGACGGAGAUAAGUGCCAUUGUGGGUGGUAACGACGACUGUUCGUACAUAACUGACGCGGAGGUGCAUCACCCGAUCCAUCCACAGACAGGGACGACCAACACAACGACAGUUUCAACGUUGCAUUCUGUGAACACCAGGGAUGCGGUUCAUGCUGCAGUCGGCGAAAACAGUAGCAUUAUCAGCGGUCACCGUGAUAGAGAUUCAUCAAGCAAGAUUCCACUCGUUGAGCGUGAGUUCUUUGAGUGGAACCCCACCUCUAACACAGUGCCAUCUACCACAAACAACACCACCACUGGGACUACUACUGCCGGUGUUGGUGCGCGCUCCUCGCUACACAAUUCCUCAGUUGGCGAUACAGGAAAGCUGCAUACACCGUCCCCGUUACCACGAAGUGUCCCGUUCCCCGCCGCCGCUACGGCAACUACAACUACUACCACAACUACCAACACCACCACUGUCACCACGGUGUCCUCCGCGGUGUCGUCUCGUCUACUCGAUGCUUCGUUGUUGCAGCAGUGCGGCAGAGAUCAGACGUUGCUCGUCAACAGUUGUAUCGAUGCCUCUGCAGAGCCGUUGCUGAUUGGUGUAGAUAUGUCAGCGGAGAUACCAGACUCUGGUGACUCUGCGCCGGCAUCGAAGGCAGUCUUGUCCGGGAGGUCUCAGAAGAGUUCCCAUCGAAAUGUGGGUGUGAUGGUGGAUUUUCACCACUUUUAUGACCGGCAAGGUGCAAGCAAGAAUCAUACGCCACCGCCUAACCGUCACCUUAUCCCAUGCUCGUUAAAGAGUCGCCAGUCAUGCAAAGAGAGACAGUGGAUCUCUAGCCCACAUUCUAGUGGAAAUCGACGAGGGGAUCGCCAGCAGUCGGUUUCGUGUGGUACGCAGUUGACACCACCAACAAAGCGUCCCUAUCGAGACGAAAUCAUCUUUGACAGGGCACCGCAGCGGUCAUCUGCCAGGGCUGUUGGUCAUUACGACGGCGACGAAGAAAAUGCAUCAUUAUUGGAGAAUAAUAUGCCUUCUUCGGCCACUGUUAGCUCUUCAGAUUCUUCUUCAAUGUCAUCAUCACGGAGAAAUAGACACCGUGACUGGCAACAUCAUCCUCCAUAUGGUACGGAGGGGGAGGCAGGUAGUGAGGUGUUUGAUAGUGUGGAAGAAGUGGAGGAUGUUGACGACUGGAGUCAAACUGCUGCCGGUGAAGACCAUAUUGAAGAGACAAAUUAUGAAGAAGAAGAAGAACAGGUAACGGAUAGGCCUCCUGAUCAUUUGGCACCUCUCGGAGACACAGCGGACUCGGCAGCCGUAGCGACAAAGAGGACGGUCACUGCCUCUCCGGAGAUGGCACAUCGUGAGAGUGUAACUAUUCCUGACUUCUCUCUGUCCACGAUGUUGGAAGCCACCGCUGCGGGGAGUGUAGACGGCGGUGACAAUGUCGUGAGAGGGAAACGACAGGUGACUGGAGCUGCAAAUUUGGAUUUGAAAGCGAGGGGAACUUCUUCCGUCAGCUCGUGUUGCCACAGCGUUAGCGACAGCACAGGGUUGAAUACAAUGUAUAAUAAUGAUAAUGACAAGAACGAAAAUACAUUGCGUGGCAACUCCUGUCGUUCGUUGGUUGAGGCAGAGCAAACACACUCCCCUCAACCUUCCAUCGGGGGAGAGAGUUACCACUGCCCGCCACCUAAUUACAUGCGACCGACAACCUCUUGGCGGCGACAGCAUGAGGAACUCGAGUGGGGGCCACGGAUGUGCUCAUCGAAGAGCCGUGGCCGUAGCGUGACUGCGACUCAGUCUGUCCCCCACUCGAUGCAUCGAAAACUGCGGCACAAUGAAGCACGCGUGCACUGCGCCACUCGUAUCCCAUUCGAGGAGGGCCCUGGUGUGUGGGGAGACAUGGAGUUGCGGCGGCGGCCGUUCGGCUACGACAAGUUGGGCGACAGGGCUUAUGAAGCCGGCGACGGUCCUCAACAGUUUUCGCCCGUCACCACAACGGUGUGUUCGACGCGUCGCCGACAAGAUGCGGCUUGGCGCUUCAUGGCGGAGGGAUCUGUGGGAACCUGCACUUCUGCCUCUAGGCGUUCUGCCUCGCGUCACACAGCCGCUACGGAGGAGGAGAACAUCGCUGAUCCGGAGACACUCGCAUCCCUGCGCGGUAUCCUUGAGCGAAGGGUAUCCUCUCCCCGUGCUUCUUCUGCUACGACUAAUGCUCGUGCUGGCGCUUCCGUUUCCAGGGAAAUCUGCAAGAUGUCCCCGGAUCGACGUCCCCGCCCGAUGACGCCAUCUUACGUUGACGCCUUUUACAAACUCAACCACGAGACGGCUGGGCGCCGCCGCUUCCUUGCUGCUUUAUGCCAUGGGCCAGUUCUGCGGGAUUCGCCCCGAUCGGCGGCAGCAUCGACGACGCCGCACCGUAAACAUUCUCAGCAUAGCCAGCGCUACUGCAAAUGCACAAGUGACCUUGGAACUAACUUGGCCUUGUCACCAGGCACGUCGCGCCGAAGUUGUUCUCGUUCUUCUUGGAGUCCUCAACCGAAGCCGUGGCGCUGA